AAGAUGUCAAAGAUCAACGCGAAGCUAGACCACGUCGUCCUGCUGCUUCCGUACCAAGACAUCGUGGACCCGCCGGCAUGGAUCACCGACAACUUCACCGUGAGUCCUGGCGGUCGGCAUGCCGACAACAGGACCGAAAACAAGCUCGUACUAUUCAAAGACGGCACCUAUCUCGAACUGAUAGCAUUCAUAAACGACGAUCCCGAAAAGAGAGAAGGUCACUGGUGGGACAAAUCGUAUGGAGUCGUCGACUUCGCCCUGACCACCUCCUCCGAAGACUUCGGCGAGCUCGGCGGCAUCAAAGAUCGGCUGUCAAAGACUGAUACCGGGAUCUCAUAUACCAGUCCCAAAGUAGGAGGCCGAAAGCGUCCCGACGGAGUGGAAUUACAGUGGCGUGUCACCUUUCCAACUGGUACAGACCGAGGCAGCGUUCCAUUUUGGUGCCAUGAUGUUACGCCGAGAGAUCGGAGAGUCCCUCUUUCUGACGCGGCGACUUCUCAUCCAUCUGGCGCAUUAGGGAUGGGUGGCAUUUUGCUAGACGCUGACCCGUCUCUGGUAUCGCGGCUAUCUAACGCCACUGCGGCGAUCUUGGACAAAGAUUUGAAUAGUAAGGAUGGGACUUACGAAUUGGAUGUCGUACAUUCGGUAUCCAAUGCUAGAAACCCAUCGAUCAGGAUCAGGACUGCGGGUUCGCUGCCUAAGAAAGUUCUCGCCUUAUCACUGGUCCUACAAACUCCCAAAUCCGUUCCUGACAUCCAUCACACAAUCGACGACGGCGAGAUUUCUGUUGUGUUUGAGAAGACCACCAAUUGA